CGAAUGAGCGCCUUCUUCCCCCAGAUCUCGACUCUGAAGCCGGCGGCCAUGCCGCUAUCGCCUGCCACCCCCGCCGCGCGUCCUUCCGCCCUCGUUACUUCGGCAGUCAAGUGGGACGCUCGCCUCUCGCAUGAUCCCGUCCACGACAAUGCGUUCUACGGCAAGUGCAUGAUCGGUGGCAUCUUGUCGUGUGGCAUCACGCACACGGGCAUCACUCCUCUGGAUGUGGUCAAGUGCAACAUGCAGGUGAACCCCGCAAAGUACAAGAGCUUGCUGUCUGGUAUGAAGACUAUCGCCUCGGAGGAAGGCGUUGGUGCCUUGUACAAGGGCUGGGCUCCGACUGCUUUCGGUUACUCGAUGCAGGGUAUGUGCAAGUUUGGCUUCUAUGACGUGUUCAAGGACAUGUACUCGACGAUGGCCGGCGAAGAGAACGCCUACAAGUACCGUGGCGCCAUCUACCUGGCCGGUUCGGCCUCAGCCGAGUUCUUCGCUGAUAUUUUGCUGUGUCCCAUGGAGAUGGUCAAGGUGAAGGUGCAAACCUCACCUGCCGGCACAUUCCCUGUCAAGCUGUCCCCGGCCAUGGCUGCCAUGAAGGCGAACCCGGAGACCCGCUUCCCAUUCGGAUCUCUGGUACCUCUGUGGUCGCGCCAGAUCCCGUACACGAUGGCCAAGUUCUUCUUCUUCGAGAAGGUGGUUGAAGCCUUCUACACGCACGUGUUCACAGAACCCAAGAGCUCGUACCCCAAGAGCACGCAGCUCGGCAUCACGUUCGCUUCGGGUUACCUGGCUGGUAUUAUCUGCGCCAUCGUGUCGCACCCUGCCGACUCCGUGGUGUCGCUCAUGGGCAAGGCUGAGAACAAGGGCAAGGGCUUCGGCCAGAUCGUUAGCGAGACUGGCAUGUGGAACCUGGCCACCAAGGGCCUUAGCACGCGUAUCAUUAUGAUCGGUACGCUCACGGGUGCUCAGUGGUGGAUCUACGACACGUUCAAGACGGUCAUGGGCAUGGGCACGAGCGGUGGCGCCGCCCCCAAGAAGAACUAGAGCUCGGUCUUGCUAGGGAUGGAGAGGGACACUUCGAAGGACACUUGCACCGGUGUCAACAAUCUAUCAACAAUCUAUCAACAAUCUACAGCAACAUACAAACGCAACAUACUGAUUCUGUACGGUGCGCGACCCAUCUUGGACGCGCAACGUAGUUCCGUGUAACCGCUG